UAGUCAUCAUCCUUCAUCCCACUAUAAAGCUCUCUCUCCAUUACCGCCCAGAAAAGUGCUAAAAAAUUCUCACAGAUAGUAAGUCAAGUAACAGACAAUCAAAGCCCAAGUGCCUGCUUAAUCCCAAUAUAAACAAGUUUUCGAGUCUUGUGGACCUUAAAAAUUAGCCAGCCUUGCUAUUAGACCUAAUUAGUUAUCACUUUCACCAAAUUUGCGAGGAGAAGGGAACGAGAAUAAGUGGUACUAGUAACAUAAAUCAGAUGGGGAUAGUGGAGGAAGCUCACAACGCCAAGGUCGUAGGUUCUGGGGAGCAGACCAUAGUGUUGGCGCAUGGGUUCGGGACGGAUCAAUCGGUGUGGAAGCACCUGGUGCCACACCUAGUGGAGGAUUACAGGGUUAUUUUGUUCGAUAAGAUGGGCGCCGGAACCACCAAUCCGGACUACUUUGACUUCGAAAGAUAUGCUACUCUGGAGGGCUAUGCCUGUGAUGUGAUCGCAAUACUGGAGGAGCUCCGGGUGGAUUCCUGCAUAUAUGUUGGCCACUCCGUUUCGGCCAUGAUUGGCGCCGUCGCUUCUAUUUCUCGCCCUGACCUCUUCACCAAACUCGUCAUGGUUUCUGGCUCUCCUAGGUACCUUAACGACGUGGAUUACUAUGGAGGGUUCGAGCAGGAAGGUCUGGACCAGUUAUUCGAAGCCAUGAAGUCAAAUUACAGGGCAUGGUGCGACGGAUUUGCACCCUUGGCCGUUGGAGGAGACAUGGACUCGGUUGCCGUGCAAGAAUUCAGCAGGACAUUAUUCAACAUGAGGCCUGACAUAGCACUCAGCGUUGCUCAAACCAUUUUCUGUAGUGACACGAGACAUUUGCUAGCCCAUGUGAGGGUGCCUUGUCACAUUAUCCAGAGCAUGAAGGACUUGGCCGUACCGGUGGUGGUCUCCGAGUACCUUCAUCAAAAUCUGGGGUGUGAGUCCGUGGUGGAGGUCAUGUCCACCGACGGUCAUCUUCCCCAGUUGAGCUCGCCGGACGUCGUCGUUCCGGUGCUGCUCAGGCACAUUCGUCAUAAUAUUAUGGUUUAGGGAAUUUUUAUUUACUUGUACUCUUGUUUAUUUGCAGCGUCUUUGUGGAAAAUGGUGUGGUUAAUUUGUGCAACGAAGUUUGUUUAGUGGGAAAUGUUUUUUUUUUUUUGAGAAGGUGAUUUUCCGGUACAUGUAUGCUCGCAAGUUUCCUUUGAGAAAAGGCAAUCCAAGGGAAAAAAAAUGAAGAAUCUUUCAGUGGAGUAUUA